AUGAAUAUUCACGAGUUCCUCUCCGCGGAGGCCGAGUGCGACCGGGAGGGGAUGGUCGACCUCCGCUCCCUGGAUUGCAUCUCCAACUACGAUUCCCACCUCAUGUGUCCGAUCUGUCAUUGCGCGUUCGUCCAGCCAGUACGAUUGCAAUGCGAUCACGUCUUCUGUCGCAAAUGCCUCCGGUCCGCCAUCACCAGCUUCCGCUCGACCGACUCGGACGAGUUCCCGUGCCCCUCCUGCCGAACACCCACCAACGAGAUAUCGACAAGCGUGCCCCGCCUCUUGAUCAACAUGUGCGACGAUAUUCGAGUGCGAUGUCCGUUUAUAUCGGAGGGGUGCCAAGAGAUCCUGCCCCGCGGCCAUGUUCAGUCGCAUGUGGACAAAUACUGUGCAUACCGACCCGUGCCGUGCCCGGACACCUCGUGCGACAAGAUGACCCGCCAGCGGGACCUCCAUCCGGAUCAAAAAUGUAUACAUGGUCUUCGGCGGUGUUCGCGCUGUGAGGAAGACGUCAUGGAGCAGGACUAUGAGGAGCAUGACAAGGAGCUUUGUCCCAGUCUCGAGACUACGUGCGUGGACUGCGGCACAACGAUCGUUCGGCGAGAGUUGAAGAAACAUGUCGAGACUUGCCCGGAGGUGGUCAGCCCCUGUGCAGCAUCCAAAUAUGGAUGUCCCGUCAAAAUUCGACGAGCCGAGAUCGCGGGGCACGAACAGCUCUGUCCGCUGAUCGCAAUGGGCCCAUAUUUCGAGGCCCAAAACACCCGGCUGGACUCCCUCGAGCUGACCAUCCGACACCUCCAGCAACGAAAUGAGAUCUUCGAGGACGGGCUGGCCAACAUCCGAUCCACACUGGUUGACUCUGCGCGUGUCGGUAUGAGCGGCGCUAGCGGUGGAAACGACCAUCAGACGGAUCACAUGGAUGAGUCUGUGGAUCGCGCCUCCGGCGUAUUUUCCUCCAACGCCACAACAUACUUGCUUUCUCUGCAUGAGUCCUUGCGCGAGGAAGUCGGCCAGCUAUCACAUGCCAUCACAGACCUAGAUGCUCGCGCCAGUAUGACCAUCAUGAACGAGUCCUUACGAAUCAAAGAGGAUAUGGCCCACACCAACGCCGCUGUGAAUAGUGUUCGCAUGCAGGUGCAGUGGCUGAUGAAUCCUCGAUUGCACCAAGGCCCACGUGCGGGAGUGCGCGCCAACACUGCCACCGCCGGCGGUAAUGACACAAACCGGUCUCAGAUGGCGGCCUCGUCUGCAUCGGGGCCGAGCAGUACCGCCGGUUCCUCUCUGGGACCGCUGCGGCCCAGACGGCCGAGUGAUAGUGGUCGCGAGGGAACCAAGCUUUAA